AGGGUUUGGCGAGCGGGGAUUACUUUGGAUCCGUCUGCGGGAUGUGCGAGGAGGGAACCGGAGCGGGGGCAUCCCCUCGCCUUGGACCGGUUCGGCGGGGAGUCCCCGUGGACCCAGUCCCUCCCGGCCGCUCCGCCUCUCCGGUACCUGCAGCCGCCACCACUUUUCGAAGGUGAGAGCUCGGGAGGAGGGCGCCUCCAGCUCGCGCCGCACCCCCCACCCUCGCACCCCGACGGCCGCGGCUGCCCGGCGUCCCGGCGGGCCCGGGAGGGAGCAGCUGGACGCCGCGCUGCGGUCCGGCCUGGCCCCCGACAUGGGGGCCGGGCCCCUCGUGCUGCUUGCCGCGCUGGCGCUGCUGACUCGGCCAGGCGAUGGCAACGAGGGCAGCGUCACUGGCAGUUGUUACUGCGACAAAGCGAUUUCUUCCGGCUCCCCUCCGACCGCGGAGCUCAUGGCUCAUCUCCGAAAACAUCUGCGAGUCUAUCAGCGCUGUAAUUCCUACGUCAGGUUUCAGCUACGAAUGCGGAGCGUGUGUGGCGGCAGCAAGGAUCCGUGGGUUCAACAGUUGAUGAGCUGCUUGGAUCGUAAAGAAUGUGGCUCUGCUGAUUCCAGAAGUGUGGCCCCCCAGGAGCAGUUACCUCCCCUCAGCACCCAGGUUCCUGAGCCCACAGAAAGGGCGCCUUUAGACAUGGGCUCCCCUGCUCAGACAUACCUGCCACCCGCCUGGCGGUCUACAUACCUGCCAACUGCCUUGCAGUCCACCAGGCAGCCCGUGUUUCCAGCAGGGACACUAUCUUUGGAGAAAAAGCUCACCCAUACCAGUGAAAUCGCUACAUCUACUGUGGGCCACAGUCUUAGGACUGGGUCUGAGGCUGGGGAGAGCCAGAAGCAGCAGAUUAAAAGAGUGGAGCCUACGGCUGGGACAUCAGCCAUGGUGCCUGUGCUGUCCCUCCUGGGCAUCAUUUUCAUUCUCACCGGAGUCCUCCUAUAUGUUCUUUGCAAGAGGAGGGAGCAGUCACUGCAGCACCCUCCAGAUCUGCAGCUUCAUUACACACCCGUGGCAUCAGACUCCAAUGUGUGAGCUAAGAGCGGAAGCCUGUGAGGGUACACAUUGUGAUUUAUUCAGUCCUGUAUAAUUUAGAAUAAUCUCUGGCACUUAAUAGGCACUCUGUAGCUAUCUGAUGUUUAACAUACAAAUAACCAGCCAGUGCCCUCUUGUGGAGCUUUCCUGGUCUUUUAUUUUCUAUGCUAUCCUGUAAAGUCUACCUUUUAAUGUAAUACCUUAGAGGAAUUCUUUAUGUGCAUUUUAUUACUAAAGAUUAUUUUUAUAAUUAUUGGCUCUUUUUUCUGCAGACAUUGCCCUCAUGCCCUUGCCCCUUACCAUGGUUCCUGGCUUCAGCUUCUCUGCUGAGGAUCCCACUGCCCCCUAGUCCCAGUCUCUCAUCACACACCAGCUGUUCCUCCCCAGCCUCAGGCCUCUCCUGCUUCCUCCUUCCACCCCCACAGUGCGGGGGUGGGCCUUCCCACCGUUCCUCAGCAGGUGCCAUGCACUUGGGUUUUAUUUCCUCAAUCCCUGUUCAUAUCACCCACAUAUGUUCCAGUGAGAGUCUGAGCUCCUUGCUUUCAUUGCUGUUGUUUUUAUUAUUAAAGCCCCUAGUUCU